GGUGAGAGGGGUUACCAUCACUCCUCUCUUUGCUAUACUUUUAUCUUUGAGAUUCAGUCCUGAUUCACUCCACCUGUUUUUUUUUGUUUUUUUUUACAGAAUGCAUCAGCCUUCAGUGGAGUUUUGAAUUUGCAUUCAAAGUAUGGAAGUUUCUCAGCUGGGGGUUUUUUAACUCUUUUAAACAGCUGGUGGAUCCAUCUUGCCUGUUUCAGAUGCAACAUUGCUGCCUAUGACAAAGCACUACACAAAUGUGUGGAGGAUUUGUGUGAUGCUAACCAGUUCCAGCUGAUAUAUAAACAAACCGUGUCAAGCCGUGUCAGUAAGGAUGUGUAAUUUCUAUACCUCACACUCACAUCUGUUGUUGUUUGUUGCCUUGUGGAGCCUCAGCUAUCUGAGUUUUCUUGCUGCCUGGCCGGGCAUCGGGCGUAGCAAGCCCAAGGAUCAGUUGGACCCUAAUGUAAAGGACUGGGGAGACUAUUCAGACCUCCCUCCAGGAAUCGAGCAGGGACUGGGGUUGGAUGAAGAUGGAGAACAUGGAGACAACAGAGGACUUGUGGGGUCAUCAUCAAGCCUGGCUCCGGAGCUAGAUUUCCUGGCUGAAUUUGCAGGUAAAAAGCGGCUGUGGGUGAUAACAGCCCCAUCACACAAUGACCACUAUCUGCGUAUGAUGGAGAAUCAGCUGGAAGACAUGGAGCAGAAAGGGCUGCACUGCCGUCUAGCAGAAAGAGACACAUUCAUCAUCACCAUCAUCCAGAACGCCAUGAUGGAAGGUCGGAUCCAGAAAACAACUUUCCAAGGUGAAGCAACAGUAGAGAGUCUAGACCCGGACACCGUUACCAAACUGCUGCACUACCUGGAGCUUACCAGCCAGGAGCAAGGGUUCACCAUGCUGGUUCUGAAGAAGAACCUACGGGUCAGUGAGCGGUUCCCCUAUCCGGUCCGCGUUGAGGCCAUUUUGGAGCUCAUAGAUCAGUUCCCCAUGAGGAAGCUGGAGAAGAUGACAAGAAAAGGAUCCAACUUGAGGUGUAAAACCACUAAAAAGAAGGUUGUGGUGAAAAGGAAAAAGAUGAAGAAGACGAUGGUGCUGAGCCCUCAGAGGCGAGCAAAUGUGACUUCUGUGGUGGCAUUACAAAGAAAACCUCCUCUGGACAAAAAAGCUGCCUUGAAGAGUAAGGUCCAGGACAUACUGAGUGGACGGUCGAGGUUUGUUAUCCGCAAGGUGCCUGCUGUGGGGCCCACGGGGGGAAAACACUCCAGCAGCGGCAGUCAGGUGACUUCUAACAGACAGGGAAAAGAGAAAGCGCACAGUUCUCCACCUGUGUCAAGGAGCAACGAACAAGUAAAGAAACACAGGCCUGACUCCGCUGUGGAAGAAGGAAAGAAAAGACAUGGGGGGAAAACAAGUGAGGAUACCACAGAGAAGAAUGUAAAGGACGACACACAGGAGAAACAGAGCUCUAAGAAAAAGGGCAAAGGUAAAAAAGGAAAGAAAGGAAAAGGAAGAGGGAAAAAGUCCAACAGAGAGGCCAGCGAGAAGGAUAAAACAGCCUUGAAGGAGUUUUUGGACAAUUUAAAGGGAACAAGAAGAUUGAUGCUGAUCUCGACGCCCAGCAGAGACGCAUCACUUUACAUCCAGCAGAAAGAAGAAAACGAGAAGCAUCACUGUGACCUCGCAAUCAGGAAGAUCACUGUGGCAACCAUUGUGGAAGGCAGUGACGCCACGCUCACGCUGCAACACCACCAGCUUGAAUCAGAGCGUCCACUCGGUGACCUAUCAGAGCAGUUCUUGGAUUCAGGCCUGACCUCCCUGUUGAGAGCAGAGCUCGGCCUCUCGUCCUCUGACCUCUUUUCCAUGACUGUCACAGACUACGACAUCAAGCCCAAUAGAGUCUUUGAAGCUCCACCAUCAAGCACUUCUCUGUUUGAGUACAUUGACAACUUUCCCUCAAGGCGCUCAGAAAAAGAAAAAGAGAGGAAGAGUCCUCCGGUCUGCUCCAAGGACAAGCAGCCUGGAGCUGAGAAUUCCCUGCUUAGGUUCAUGUCUAAGAGGAGACUGUUGCUCAUCUCUGCUCCCUCUGAGGACGACUACUCUUUCCAACAGCAGCUCUCUGCUCUCAGUGGACAGGAGUGUCACCUGGGUAUUCGCCACUUUGCCAUGUUAAAGCUGACUGGAACCGGAGACAAAGCGUCAGGAACUGUGGAGUUAUUUCCACUAAAUGGUCAUAGUCAGAGUGAGGUUGAGCCAUUAUCCCGUGACAUGGUGAACAAUCUGAGAGAACAGCUGAAGAUCAGUAAGGACUACUUCAGCAUGCUAAUCGUGGGGAAGGACAGUGAUGUCAAGGCAUGGUUCCCAUCCCCCAUGUGGUCCUUGGAGAACAUCUACGACCUGGUGGACUCCAUGGAGCUUCGCCGCCAGGAGGAAAAGCUGCAGAAGAGACUGGGGAUCCACUGCCCUGAGGACAGAGGAAGAGGAGGCAGCGAGGCGGGACACUAUCACAGCUAUGAUCAUGACAGGACGGAAGAGACGUACUUCUAUCAUGGAUCAGAGGAGUGAUCAGAAAAAAGGAAGAAGAGUAGAGUGAGGAAAUGGAGAUACAUCCUCGAGAUGAGAUGGAAAAUACUUUACAUGAACGCAUGGAUUUUAACAUGAGCAAACUAAUAAACAAUGACCUCAAAAACUCAUCUUGAGGACUAAUGAAUUCUAAAUAAAUGAUGAUGAUACAUCUGUUGGAUACCACAAUAAGCUGGAUCUUCUCUAUUUGUAAGUAAUAAAUUUGAAAAGUGAAGCUGAAAGUAGUUGAAUGGUUUCAUUCAAGAAACUCUUCAAAUGUUCUUUAGAAAAGCUGGUGUUCCGUUAUUUUGCUGAUCGCAGCAACAGGGGAAGAGGAAGAAUGUCCAUACAAGGCCGAGCAGAUUGUGCUUUUUGGCAACACAUCUGUCCAAUCUAUUUUAAACACAUUCACUGAGUUGUACAGGAAUACAAAUGGAAAGUUCCUGUGUUGAGACAUUGUGAUGCUGAAAUCGAAACUGCAUUUAAAUGAAACAAAUGUUUGUUUUUUAACUCUGAGUUAAACAUCUGUUUUUAAAGAGCUGCAGUCUGCUGACACCUCAGGGUCAGUAAAACAAUGAGUUAUUGAUGUUGGGCUCUGCAUGCCCCAGGACAUUUCUUUGAACAGCAAAAUUGAACUUGUCUCCAAAGUUUUCCAGUUGUUAUUAAAAAAAAACAUAUCAUGAAUGUAAGCAAUGAUGGUGCCAGAAUAUCUUCAGUUGCUUAAAUCUAACUGUUGGAUUAGAGAACUUUUUGUACCCCUAGAACACAUGGAAAAACAUCAAAUAAAUAAAUAAAUAAAUAAAUAAAAUGAA